UCGAGUGUCGAACAUUAUUUUAUCCUUGAUGUUUAUCAUAUAUUAAACAAUAAAAUGAUAGGACUAUUUGGGUGGUGUUUUCGAACAUAGCCGAAGUGAGCUGAAGUUGUUUUGUUAUUUUGUAUCAUUCAUGAAGAAUUCAUGAUAACAGUUUUCAAAAAACGUACGAAAUCAAUCAAUUGGUUUAUGACAAAAAAACACCGACUUAUUUAAAAGAAAAUAAAUUGCAAGACAUGGUAAAUGUAACAAAGGGCAUUUUGGUUGAAUGUGAUGCGGCUAUGAAACAAUUUCUUCUACAUUUGGACGAAACAUCUGCGCUAGGAAGGAAGUUCAUAAUUCAAGAUCUAGACGAGAAACAUUUAUUCAUAUCUGCUGACAUAUUGGAAACUUUGCAAGCUAAAGUAGAUGAUUUAAUGGAUCAGAUAUCAUUCCCACUGGCAGAAAAAGGUGUAUAAAGAAGAAAUAACGAAAUCUAUU